CUGGUACGAGGUUUUUCAAUCACAUCAGUGCUGUUUAUAGUUUCAGAGGCAAACCAAUCGUGCCCAGCAGGAUUUACCGGAAGUAAUUGCUCUACCGGUACGUAUUUCAUAGAUUUUCUUAUUUCCAGGGGUUUCUGACGCUUUUAACGGGGUGGUAGCUUUGACGAUUGACGGUUAUUUUUUUUUUCCAAUUGUGACGUUUGACGGUUAAAUUUUAGACCUUUUGACGGUUGACUGUUAUUAAGUAGAAAUUUAAUCCAAGAGUUUAAGUGAGCGUUAAUUUCUGUUUUAAUUAAUAUUAACUGUUGUGUUUUAGAAGUUGACUUGGCCUUUCACUUUUAAAAUUUAGAAAUAUUUUCAGAUGUAAGCAAGUUGUAAGGUCAUGUAAUGUCUUGAGAGAGAGUUUUUGAGAACAUGGAAACUGGUUUUUCCAGCUAAAAAGCUCUUCAGGGGCCAGACGUUCGUGAAGAUCAGCUGAAAUAGUGGGAUUUGGGAUACCUUGAAAUUCUUGGACGGUUAAUAUUAAUGUACAUUUUAAACGGUUGACGGUAAAAAAAUUAUCUUUUCGACGACUGACGAUUACAUUGAGACCCUCGUUUGUUAAUUAAUUAUUGACCUUUCCAAAAAUCGCUUUCAAAUGCCAUGUGGCAGUUUGGUUUGGCCACCGACUGACCACACCUCCUUGAAGGAGUCGACGACUCUCCUAUUGUCUGGACAAGAGGAAUGGGCGAACUUAAACGAGAACGUAAAUUACCACCACUGAUGGUGGCAUAACAUAACCCCCCAAACUAAGAUCAUGAGAUCAUGAAUGCAUUAGGGGGUGGGGGGGGGGAGGUAUGAGAGGAGAAUUGUUGAUUGUGAUAUUUCAGUAUCAUAUUAGUAGUUAUGUCCAGGAAGCUUGUACAUCAUUCGACAUAUUUCAGUCUGUUCUAUUGUUUUACAGACAUUAACGACUGUAUUGGUGUUAGUUGUUCAGGCAAUGGAAACUGUAGUGACCGUGUAGAUGGCUACAUUUGUUUCUGUAACAGUGGCUUUUUCGGAAUCAACUGUGAAGUGGGUAAGGCGAGUCACCUCAUCCAAUAGUCUCAUUAGGUUAUCUUAGAAAACCUUUUAAUCUUAAACUAUUUUCAUAACAUUAACCUAUUCCUAGACAUACAUAAUAGUGAUACAAUCUUACUUGGGCCAUCCACAAACAAUGCCUAUAUGUACUACCCCCUCCCUUUUCUCCUUUCUCCCCCACUCCAUUCGACCCCUGUGACACAGGCUACUCAGUCCGUGGGCAUGUAUAAGAUUGCCACAGCGAAUACGCAGGGUUCUAGGUUUUUAGGCCCUAUUAUUGCGGAGUACCCAAAGAGAAUAUAAAGUAUGUUUUUUAUUACAGAUGCAAGGCUUGUAAAGACGAGAUGUUCAUACAAGCACUGAGACACAAGACUGGUACUAUGUUUCAGUUAAAAACAGCCUGCAUCAUUUUACUUUUGCAGAGUGCUGUCUGUACCCGACACCGCUAAUUAAUUGUAGAAACGAUCCCUGCUCACCCCCCACCUCCACCCCGAAAAGUACUCUCCCUGGUUUCAACAGUAAACAAACUGUCCUUAAAGCUCUAACAAUAAGUACUAGAUAAAUUUGACAUUGUUAGCUAUUAAGCCUUAACAAGCUAACCUUUUUCUGUACAGGUGCUGAUACGUGUUCACCUAAUCCUUGUAAAAAUAAUGGGACUUGUAUCAAACAAGGAAUUUCCUUUACAUGCAACUGCGUCUCAGCCUACGAAGGAACAAGAUGUGAAUCAAGUAAGCCCAGUUAAAGCAACAAUUCCAGCUAAUGUCAUUUAAUAUGAAUCUUACUCACGCUACCUUCAUAUAUCAACUCGAAAUUAAGUAAGUCUUUACAAAUUGAUUACUUAAUGACAACGAAUUGCCUUGCCUAUAAAAUUGCCUUGAUUCUCGGUAACAUUUUCAGUAUAGGAGCUCUCGUUGCCUUUGAUUCUUUAUUCAAAAUAAUAACUAAAAAAUAAUUUGCUCAGUUUCGCGUCAUACAGUUCCUCACAUCAGGGCCAAAAAAGUACCAAAUAAGUUUAAUGCAGUACCUUCAGCUUGUCAGUAAUAUGUUCUCUGUUUUCUGAAGUUCAUCGCCAAGGCAUUUAUUGGAGCAAGCUAAUUGUCUUGUUGUGUUUCCCAUUUUCAGAGAAGCCACCAAUCACGUUUUCAGUAACAACCAAGCUGAGAAACAGACAGUAUAUCUCCGACCUUGCCGAUUUAACCAAACCUAACACGCGUGCUCUCAUCUUAGAGCUCACCAAUAUAUUCCAGCCUUUCUUCAUGAAGAUGUUCCCUGACUUUCUUGCAAUCAGUUUCCUUGGAUUUUCCUCAGGAAGUUUAGUGACAAACUUUGACGUAACAUUUGAGGCAACAUCGAAUGUUUCAAGCAGCAAUAUUAUUCAGGCACUCACAACGGCCAACAACUCUAGAGACCUGCAGUUUCUAAUUUUCGAGGAGAUUACAGUUAUGUCUGUAGGAAACAUGAAUACGCCCUCAGAAACCCCGACAGGUUUGUUCUGACUCUUCGUCGCUGUUGAGCUGUACUCGACACUUAAUAAACAACUGUCACUUGCUGAUACUAAAUCGCUUGCACUAUCAUUUCAGUUGAGACUGGUGCAAGUGAAUUUUAAAAGGGAUAAUUGAUUCCUCAACAAACAGUUGGACCCAACACAGAUACAAGGGGAGUCGUUUUAGCUGGAACAGGGCCAAAAGACAGCAUUAAAGCAUUCUUUUUUAAAAUUUGAGGGCUUGUCUGUAUGGCCUUGCCUCCUGUGAUAAAAAUAUCCUAAAAAUCUUUAAUUUAGUUUUAUCGUACAUUGUAUGAUUUUUUUACUUAAUUAACGUUUAAGAACUUUCGCUCACAAUCAUUAAAACACGGGCAGCGUUUGUCGGGUCAUGAAAAGCCGAAGUAAAUAAGAAAUACCAUAAGUGGAUGUGAAGAGAGGAAGACAGGGAAAAAAUUAUAAAUUGCAAAAUAUAUUCAUCGAUGAUUGCGACAAAGUAUCGUUAUGACAUGGUUGCUAUAGGAGAACUGUGGUCAUCUCUCCCGGGAAUCGACCUGCUAGUGACGUGGAACGAUGAGAGACCGCUGUAUUCUUAGGCCAGACUGAUAACUGUUGUAUUGAAGGAGUUUUUUCUUUUUUAACAGAUUCAUCUUCACAGCUGGCGACGUGGGAAAUCAUUUUGAUUAUUACUGGAGUGGUUCUCUUUAUCAUUCUUGUGAUUCUUGUUAUUUUCCUUGUGAGUAUACAUAAAAGUAUUACUGAGCAAUAUUUCGUUAUUAACCACCUUUUGGCAUUACACUCUCAAGGUUUUCUACCAGUUACCAGAGGAAAAUUAUGGUGUGCCUGUGCAGAAGAAGUGAUACCCCCACCUUGAGGCGUGUAACACCUGCGAGACCCUUCUUGUCCAAAUGCUGUGAGACCAGAUUCCCUUCUCCCAUUCUUAGCGGCUAUCCACAUGAUACCGGAAUGACUUCAAUUCGGAACGAGCUCAUUCCAUCUCCAUAUAUUUAUCUGUUUGUUACAUGAUACCGAAACAACAUUUCGUUCCCGUACAAGUCAUUUCGGAAUAGGUUCAUUCCGGCUUUCAAAAGGUUCGCUUCGGAUUGAAAAUCACAAUUGUGUCUGGGGCCAGUGGCGCAUGAGUAUCUGAUCUGAAGCGAAAACCACGCGGGCGAGAACGCUUUAAGCUAGCCCCACGAUUUUAUCAUGUGAAUGCAAUACGAACUUCAUCAAGCAACGAAACUCAUUCCGAAAUGAAAGUCAGAAAUCACGUAAACAGGAUUCACUGUCGUAAAAAAGUUAAUGAGUCCAGUGUUGUUUAGAUCCAGCUGCAUAAUUUUCAAUUUUACCCAAUUUUCCUCUUGCAGGUGUUAUACAGAAGAAAAGUUUACACCCACAAGGAGACGGUACCUGGUCAUAGUGACUGGGAAAAAAAUUCAAGCAUUAAAAAACGUGAAGUGUAAUUGCCAUCGAGCUGCGAUAUAUAUUAAUUAAUCAAAGCAUGUUACUUGCUUUUACCGAUCACUUGGAUUUUUUUCACGUUAAUCUUUAUCGUUUUCUAUUAAAGGCGACGUAAAAUUUGUGUUACUAUAGAGAAUUACGAGUGGUGAAAAGGACCAUUGAAAUGACUACUACUCAAAAAGUGAUCUAAAAUUGUAAAAAACACGAAACCAUGAAAACGAUAUUCUUUUAAAAAACAAAAUUCAAAAUGGAAUAACACGAACUCGAUAAUACAUGUAUGAUACCAGAGUAAUAAAAGAGAUUUCAGAUUCACAAGCUGGGGAAUUAAAAGCAGGUUUCAACGGUAUCGUGUAAACACCUCCUGUCCAACAGGAAUCAGUCGAAAGGCGCUCUUCGUUCGGUAUUGUUUUAACCUGAAAGUGUUUACCCGGUGUUUUACCAGUUAAAACUGUUGCGUGGUUUUGGUAAGUGCGCAUGAAACUAAACCAACAUAUUAAACAUCUAAGUAAAGUUGGUAAACUUACAUGGACUUUGAUAAUAAAGUUCUUGUCUAGUAAUUGUUGUUUCUUUCAAAAACAAGUUAACGAACCCCCUUCAGAACCUGGCUACAAUGUGUAAAAAAUGUUUUUUAAGACCCCACACAUUUCACUAACCCUUUCACCCCAGAUGCUUUGGAUCGCCAAGUAAUGGGAUCAAUUGAAGUUUCUGGGUAACUGACCACCUACCCCUCCCUUAAGUUACAAUUUUUCAAUAACUGAGAAGUGAGUUUUAAUGUUGACUUAGGUGAGGGGUAAGUGGUCAAUUAGAGAAAAACUUCAAUUGCACAAUUUCUAUCAGCGAAAACUCAGCAUUUCAAAGAGCUAACCGAUAAUUUUACAAUGUACAGUGAACCUCCUUAAACAAAGGCAGACGGUCAUUUUAGAUUAGGAUGAACCUUAAAGAAAUAAAAUGUAAUCAGUAGAAAAUGAUCUCAUAUACAAAUUCCUUGGCUUGUAAGUGCAACGCCCCUCAGAAGGAUACAUAGUAGACUUUUUAGUUUCUCACACAGUGAUGCACUUUUGUGUUAAUUGCUGCGGUCAUUGGUUAAUUUGAAGCCUACUGCUAGAAUUCUCUGAGUUGGACACAUAAUUGGCGAAAAAGAACAAACAACCUAAUGCAGUUUUAAACAUGAGGCUUAGCCAAAGAAGGGUCGAAUCCUUACAUUUUUACAAAAACUGCUGUGUUAGCUGAUAGAACAUCUCUUCACAGUGAUUUCUUACAGCAGUAGAUUCGUAGUCAUUUUGUCCGCCCUGUUAUCUCGCACACUUAAUUGGAAAAAAGGCACCCCGUGACCUCUUAGGAGACUAAGUCUCUAAGCAAGACACACCAUGGUCAUUAUAUGAAACACCAGCAGGGGACCAUUUUCAUUACUGUUGAGCUUUUUCCAAGCUUAAAUCACAAACAUAUCUGCUCCCGGCUAUUUCUCUUUACCUCAGAGUAACGUAUGAAAUAUAACGCCGAGAAAAGUAAUUUUUCGAAACUAAGGACUCGGCUAAUGUGAAAUUGUUUACACUUCAUGUAAAUACCUUUGUUAACAUUAACCCAUCAGAGCUGUAUGUGCACAGUUUGAAGGAUACUGUAAUAUUAUAAUAAUAAAUACAGAAUACUUGACCGUUGGAUUCCUUGAUCUGCUUUCUCAAGCUAAGUGGACAUGAUCUUUCGCGUGGACAAACCUUUAGACACUGACUAUGCUGAAAUUUUUAUUUAAUUUGCAUAACCAGUCACUGGUUAGUGAAAAAGAGGACUAUGUUACUUGAACAUACCCUCUAACAUUGUGAGAAUUAUGUGUAAUUUUAAUUUUGUCUUAUUUUAUUAUCUGAUUAUCGAGUACACCAAUUGCGUGCUUAUUUCCACUUUUCAUGCACUUGCUCACUGCACUUUAAUUUAUAGCCAUACCACGACAUUAUUUACUGUUUGUUUCAAAUAGGCAAGACAAAAGAACAGUAAGACUGGCAGGUGUGGCUUAUCUGUCUCUUGGCCACAAAUGACGCAAACGAACAUUUCCAUGAAAUAAUAGUGGAAAAAAAAAACCUACAGUGAGAGCGAAAGUAACCUUUGGCCUUAGACAUUACACAGUUUUCCCAGACCCAAAAAUUCCAGGGAACGUAUUACUAAGCUUUUUAUUUAAUAUUUUAUCUAGAAUGUUUUGUAUUGUUUGUUGAUCGUGAGAAUGUCUUUGUACCUUUGACACAUUAACACAAUGCUGUUAUUAAGCUAUCAAAUCGUUCAACCAAGAAGAAAAAUAAAACAUAAGCCCUUUCGCAAAAACAACUUAACUAUAUCAUCUGAUGAAACGUAAUAAAUUCGUUAGAAGAAUCCAAAAGCUACUGAAAAGGUGAGUCUAGUUUUAUUUUUCAUAGACAUUUUUUUAUCCCCAUAAAGAAUGUAUAGGUCUAUGCUUUUUAAAUUAAACAAUUGCAGUACCUAAAGACACUAGUUAAGUAAAAUUUAAAACGAAAUUAGCUACUUUCUGCUUGAAAUUGUCAUAGCAUUACCACAAGAGUGUGUUCCACAAAGAAAAGAUGCUUUUGUGAUUCCAGUAUCCCUGAUAAGAUGUAGGCUCUCAGUGUUCUUUUUGUCCUAUAGUUGUUACCAACUCAAGAUUGUUUCUCUUGAGAAAAGUAUGAUAUUGAAAAAAAAUACAAUAAAAGAAAAAAGGUAAGAAGAGUACAUCAAUUAAAAACAAAUUGUGUGCGCAAAGCCUUUUGUCCAAAAGUUUUGAGUUCAGUUUAGUCUUGAGCUGCCUUGCUUUGCGAGAUGUUUUUCAAGUCUGUGACCGAAUCUGCUAAAAUGAUACUUGAUGCAGUUUGAUAAUUCAUUGACAACUGGGGUUGCGUAUUUUUCUCGGGUUUUCUAAGCUCUUCGUAAUUCUCAAAAAUACUCCUUCUAGAAUUGUUAUAUGUCAUAGCAUUGAUGCCUCACCUGCGUAGCCAACAAAUGAGCAAAAACAACAAAAAACUAUUUGAUUAUUAUUAAGCCUUUUUUAUAAUGCGUUUGUCAAUUUUUUUUUUGCUCUGUUUUUCUAAGAGGAAAAUUACCCGCGCAAACUGAAUAGUUGAAUAAACGUCUUGAAGGGAUUUAAAACGCGUUUAUAAUUAGGAAUUAAGUUGUCAUUGGUGAUGGCCCUUUGUUCACAUUGUUUCUAAAAACAGAUGUUUCUCGAAACUUCGUCGGACUCAUUAACUUUAAAAUUGUAAUUUUUAAGUUUACAAUGCAAACACUAUAUAAUUAACCCCUAUACGUCAAAAAAAGCAGAAAAAUACCUUGACGUAAACGUAAAUACGUAAUUCAUAGAAAAUGAUUUUUUAAUAAUUAAACACUCUAUAUUUUAGUAUUAGCAGUCAUUUUACCUUUCUACAUCAUUCAAUUUGCCAAGUAAAACACUGAUAAGUAAGUUUAUACAUUGCUAGGUCAAUCCGGUUACCUCCGUUGUUAAAUGACCAUUCUUACCUUAAUAACAUACACUUUACUAUGUUUUCACUUAAAGGGUUCCAGUGCAACAAACCUACAAAGGCAAUUUCCUAAACAAAUAUCACUGAUAGACAUCCAGGGGACAUGGACUUGAAAAUACCCUAUCUGGUUCAUUUUUUGGGGUUAGUUCUUCUGCUGGUCAUGUUGAAAGGUAAAAACACUCAAUCCAUUCAAGUAUCACGAACCACCUACUUCAAGUUUGAUCCUAAACUUUUAAGGUUGGAAAAAGGGGUGGUAUGUCAUGUAAGUUCAAAAACAGAGCCAACCUAACACAAAGCAGUGCUUUUGUGAAGUGCCCCUAACAAUUAGGCAGAGGGAGAUAAUGCCUGGAAUCAAACAACAUAGUAGAACUGAAAAAUGAAUAGUCUUUGAGAGAAAGAGGCUCUUAUGAAUUUCUGAAGGAAAGAGAUGGAAUAAGCACAAAAAAUUGGAGAGUACCGAUAAGGAAAGACCAUACAUGAAGUCGUUAAUAACCGUUUUCUUUUUUACAGUGUCUACGGGUGAUCAGCCUUGUUCGACUGGGUUUACAGGAAAAAACUGCUCUGUUAGUAAGUAUUUUGAUAUCUAAGUUUGCAAAGAAAAGAAAACAAAAAAAGGUGAAUAUAGCAAAAAAGGGUCUCGAUUUGGAGCUUGCCCGACUUUCUGCAUUUGCAAAUAAGGAUUGUUAUUAGCGCAGUUAAAAUCUCAUCAACAUUUUUUGUAGAUGAGUAAACUAAUAAAAUAUAUCUCUUUCAAGUUUUUCUUAUUUCCAACUAAAUUCCUUGCCAAUCGAAAAUUUCUAGCUUGAGAGAAAUUGUGUGAUACUAUGCGGGGUCUCGUUUUUUAGUUUCUCUAAUUGUUCCGCAAUAAUGAUUUCAGAUUAAAUUGCAUCGUUUGUCCACUGGAUAUGUGGCAAGUAACUUUGCGACAGUGGAAUAUCCCUCUAAAGGAGCAACAAAAAAAACGUUUUCUUUCUCACCCUUAGAGGUUGCUUAGUUAAGGCUUCAAAUGUUGCGUGGUAUAUUGUGUGGAGCUUCCCAUCCUGUAUACUGCUCCAGGACUGCAAGGAGAGAAUAGUUUCCUUUAUGUGUUAAUUCUCAAGACACACUUUUGUUAGCAGUAUGAAUUGAGACCCAUUUUUCUCAUUGCAAGCACUCAAAGCAUCCUAUUGAUGAUCGGUUACGACAAUAGUUAGAUAUUUGGAGGAGCAAAAAUCGUUACAGUCCGUCCCCUUUUUAAUAAAAUGGCUGUCGCAGCAGUUAUCAUGAAGUCGCAGAUAAAUGACAGUCUUUUCGUUUUACAGAUAUCGAUGAUUGCAUCAGCGUUAAUUGUUCUGGCAAUGGUAACUGUAGUGACCGUGUGAAUGGCUACUUCUGUUUUUGUUUCCAUGGCUUCUUUGGAAUGAAUUGCGAAAAAGGUAAGGAAGAACAGACUGCUUUUAAAUAGUCAUUUAAGGUUGCUGAUAUCAGUUUCAACACCAUCUACAUGUGUCAGUCCUCCUACCCAAUACCGUUUAAUACUGUUCAGUUAAUUCAGUUGCAAUGGCUAUGAAUCCCGACAAGUUUUUCAUGGCUCUUUAUUCAUAACUUUUUAUUCAUCGUAUUCCAACUUUGUGAAUGGAUACGCUGACCAAGAGGACGCAUCCAGUCAGUUUCAACUAAAACCAAUAUAUUAUGCAAAGUCAGAAAGCUUCCAACAUAAACUGUAACACCUGUGUUGCCACUUUUGAUUUUUCCACUUUUAAUAGCCAUUGCAAAUGGAAUGAAUUGUUUUGAUAAUGCUACAGUCGCUUAUUUUGAAUUAACAGACAACUCUAGGCACAGUUUUACCGUUUUAACAACCUUGCAAUGUGCGAGGAGGGGCUCAGAGUCACGUUAAAUAUGAUUAUACCUGGUGACAACACGUUUGCUCCAAUUAUUUUAUUUUUAGAUGCUGAUAAAUGUUUUCCUGAACGGUGUGAAAACGACGGGACUUGCUAUCAUGACGGAGACUUGUUGAAAUGUAACUGUACUGCAGCGUAUGAAGGAGAAAGAUGCGAAUCAAGUAAGUACGUUUUAAAAAUCAAGCGUUUUUAAAGAUUAAGAAGUUAGGUUUUAGAUUCGUCUAUUAUUUGCAGUGAUCGCCUAUUUCAAUCUUCUCAUUCUUUAGUAUCUACAACCAGGGGUACCUUCCGGCAAGUGCCAACUAGGCGAAUUCGUUUAUCUUUUGUGCAAUGUGCCUAUUCAGAUUUUCGCGAUAUUUUUUUCACAAUUUUAGAGGUUUAAAAUGGAUUCCGCAAAAGAAAAGGAUGGCACCCAACUUCAAAACAACAACUUUGGCACAUUUAAGGCGUUCACUUUUAUUAAACAAUCACAACAUGGCUUGAAGCUUUGUUGGUAAAUAUGAGCAAGUUAGCACUUAUGUUUCUUGGAAAAUCCAUUGUAUCAAAACUGCAAACGUUAGAAAGAAAAAUAUGGUCUAAAUGAGACCUUUGACUGCUGUAUUAAAAAUAAUAAUUAAAGUCCGAGCAACAGCGUUAUCAGGGAUAAGAAAAAUAUUUCGCGUGGUAAACUACACUAAAAAAAAAUUGGUGUAAACUAAAAUGUGUGAAAAGCGCAGGAAUGGGGCGGAAUGAAUCUGAGGUAUAAAAAUAUAAACUUGAAUAAAAUACAAAGAUCUGAUGAGCGAGUGUCACAGGACAAAGAGUCUCUUGAAAGGCAUAAUAAUAUUCUUCAAAACAAAAGGUCUGCAAAUUCGGUGCAUUCCUCACGGGAGUUUUGGGUUGUCUCAAUGUAAAUCGAGCAGCAAAAAAACAUGCUGGUUGACAAAAUCCCCCGAAAGACAAAUUAGAUAAAUUCUAAAAAAAAUAAAAGGUCCGCAAAUACGUUGCAUUCCUCACGGGAGCUGAGGACUGGCUCAAUGUAUAUCGACCUGGGAAGAACACGCUGGUUCUGAUAAAAGUUUUGAGAAUAUAUCCCUAUGCCUUGAUCAACUACCGCUUAAAAUUCAAUUCACAAAGGAAAAGAGAACACUGGAACCCUGGUUCUGAGUCGUGAAGCGAACACGCUACCUCAAUGUAAAUCGAACUGCAAAGAACAAGCUGGUUCUUACAAAUAUUUGAGCGUAAAACCCUGUUCCUUGAUCAGCUGCUGCUUUAAACGCAAUUUAUAAAGCAAAUCAGGGCACUAAUUGUCCUUUCAAACUAGAAGUCGUAUUAAAAGCUUGCUCACCUGUUAGGUCCUCUUGAACAGACAACGAACAGCUGCACACUAAAUCACACAAUUAACCUCUCCACAAAAUAUCAUGACAUACCAUAAUGCUCUUUGUUUUUCACCCCAGAAAGUUGAAUAAGCAUUGUUUUCAGUUUCUCUUGGGGCCAUUUUAACUCCCAAGAGAAAACUGAAGACAAUGCUUAUGCAAAAUUUUGGGGGAAAAACAAACAGCAUUAUGGUAUGCUAUGAUACUUUCUGGAGUGGUCAAUUUCGGACCACGAGUUGUAAAUACAAGACCAUGACGUCACUACCCAAAUAUGGGGUCUUACUUACACCCAAAUAUGGCCAAAAAUGCAAAUUUUAGAGGGUUACGCAGAAUUUGAGAGUUUUUGCCUACAUUGCGCGCGUUAUAAUUCUGCCGUCGAGGCAACCUCGCUUCUUAGCUCGGUUGCGUCGUUGGCAACAACUAGGAAGUUAAUUAUUUUUCUUUUCUCUACUUUUCCUUUUUUUUUUAUAGAGAAGCCAUCUAUAACAUUCUCUGUCAUAAUGACGUUGAGAAGCAGACAAUAUAUAUCCGACUUUGCUGACCUAACCAAACCAACGACUCGUGCCAUCAUCGCAGACCUAACCGACAUAUUCACACCUUUCUUUAACAAAACAUUUCAGGACUUCCUUCAAGUAAUCUUCACAAGAUUUUCCCCGGGGAGUUUAGUGACAAACUUCGAUAUAUAUUUUGAGCCAACAGCGAAUGUUACAAAAACUAGUAUUAUCCAAGCACUGGAAAGAGGCAAUGGUACAAAAGACUUGCAAUUUGAAAUUUUGGACAAGAUUACAUUUGCCAGUGGAAACCCAGAUAAAGUGGAAACCCUUGAAACAACUGAAGAAGGUUUGAAAUCAGUUUCUAGUUGCUUAAAAUGUCAUUAAGGUUCGACCCAACAUGGUAUGGUCCUGGAAACCUAUACCUUAAAACCGCCUCUUUCUUUCGAGCAACUUCAUAAUUUUUACCCAACUUUCUUCGGCCAGUCGAGAGCUAGUGAAGCAUGCGGGCAAGUUAGACAUAUAUCUGGCUCCAGGUCAAUUAUUUCGAUGCUUGAAAACUUGAAACUGUCAUUAUUUUGUUUUGAUGCUUAAAAAUUUGCAUUCCUUUCUAGUUAUAGAGUUGUGCUUUAGCAGCCCUUUAUAGUUACAAAUUGUCAGAAACAUAAAGUAACGGAUCGAAAUUCUAGGAUCAUGGGUGCAGCAGAUAAAGGCACCUUCUAAUAGAAGGUUUAUGGUGUUCAGUCUCCUUAGGUGUUUGACGUGUUUACAUUUAUUAUGGUUGGACUUUUGUCUUAAAUGAAUCACGACGGAAUUUUUUGGCUUAAAAUGAAUGGACAGAAAGUGUUAAAUUUUGAAGGUAUACCAAGAGAAGAUGUUCUUUUUAACAGAUUCUUCUUCGUCGAAGCUUGCAACCUGGAUCCUGGUUUUGAUCAUAGCCGGAGUCAUUUUCUUCAUCCUUCUUUUGAUUCUCAUAGUUUUGUUUGUAAGUAUCAAUAAAUGUUUAUAGUAAGUUGAUAAAGGACUUGUCAAGUUUGUCAACUAUUUCUGGUUUACAGCUCAGGUGUUAGCCAUAUGGCGGCCAUGUUAGUUGACAAAGUGUUGUUUGAAUGUAAAUAGUUUGAUAAAACGGUGAAUUUACAUGAUAUACUAGUUGCUGGUACCGCGUAAGCUAUUGUAGCUUCUUCACUUAUAAGGCAAACCUGGCGUUUGUCAAAACAAUUCGCGUAAAACAAUUCUCUCUCUUGUUGUAGGUGUUAUACAGACGUAAAGAUAACCAGGACCCAAAGAGACGAAGACGAAGUGAGAUGGUAGUUAUUGAU